AUGAAACACAACGAAGAAACAACUAUAAAAAUAAUAGAUUGUAAAGAAGAGAUUGAGAAGAUUUAUCAAGAUAAAGGAAAGCCAAAAAGAACAAGAAGGAAAUUAACACCGUUACAAAUAGACGCAUUAGAAGAGAUCUACCUUAAGAAUAAUUAUCCAAAGAAAGAGGAUUUUAUUGCUAUAUCAAAUAUGUUAGUAAUACCACUUAAAAACUGUAAAAUAUGGUUCCAAAAUCGUCGGGCUAAACAAAAGAAUGACUUUUAUGAUGAUUAUAGAAAACAAACUUACAACCAGGAUAGUUCUGAAAUGUACUAUCAAUUUAAUCAUUAA